AUGGAUUUUGACCCAUAUUCUCCUCUCAGCCUGAAGAUGAACCACUUGAAUAUGAAACUACCCUCUAAAGACAACAGCAGCGGGGAGGAAGUGCCUUUAGUGAGAGAGGGAAGGAAGAAAGAGUCAAUUGGCGUCUUAGGCAGCGGCGACUAUGGCCGAGCUAUAGCUGGGAAGAUUGCUCAGUGUGGAUACUCCGUUCUGGUCGGUUCGCGUGAUCCCGCAAACACUCAGAUCCAAGAGCUAAUCCUUCAGAAAGCAGGCACUCGUCUCGUAACCCAGCAAGAGGCGGCAGCGGCUGACAUCGUCAUAGUCGCAGUGGGAAGCGACCAUUACGCCAGACUCCCGCUGCACCUUCUCAGGGACAAGAUCGUCGUCGAUGUGGCUAACUCCACUGCACCCCAGCCUCCAAGCCAGCCAAGUAAUGCUGAAACCCUGCAGAGUCUGAUUCCCGAAGCUUACGUGGUCAAAGCUUUUAAUGUCCUCUCAGCCUACGCCCUCGAGAACAAUGUCCAACAGUCUGCCAAACAAGUGCCGGUUGCAUCCGACUGGGCAGCGGCGCGCCAGAGGAUCCUGUGCCUUGCCCGGGAGAUGGGGUAUUCGGCGGUGGAUCGUUGUGGAUUGGUCAAUGCCCGGCAGAUAGAGGCCAUUCCUCUGCAGCUGAUGCCCUCCUGGAGGGUACCGGUGACCGUGGUUGCGAUUCUUUGGAGUCUUCAGUACCUCGUCUUGCUGUUCAAGUACCAAGUGUGCGGCAGCGUAAGAAAUGAACCCUGGGCUUCUGUUACCUUCAAGCAUCUCGCCCUUAUUAACUUCAACCGCUCCACUGCCAUCACGGCUCUGUGGACUCUGACGCUCUGCUAUCUCCCUGGGGUGUUUGCUGCUUACCUCCAACUUUUUUGGGGCACAAAAUAUAGGCGCUUCCCCAAAUGGUUAGACACAUGGCUAAAGAUGAGAAAACAACUCGGACUACUUAUGCUAGCAUUAGCUGCUAUUCAUACCUGCCUUGGACUCGCUGUGUGGUCAGGGCGCUAUGACCCUCUCAUGUGGGAACCUCCGACCAUCAUCUCGGCUAAGGUCAAGCACAACGAAACGUCUUACGUCACGCGAAAUGUCACCGUCCUGAAUUCGGCCAUGACUCUUCAGGGAGAACUUUUCCUCACAUUUGGCACCCUGUCAAUGUUUAUAACUUGCCUACUGGGCGUGACGUCACUUCCGUCGGUGGGCGCUACACUGACCUGGCGAGAAUUCACCUUCAUCCAGAGCAAGUUGGGUUGGAUGGCCCUGCUCACGGGCACCAUUCACGACGGUCUCCUGGGGUGGGGCUUCUCCCUCAAGGACUACCAAGUGUGCUCCUUGCCCUCCGGAGCUCAGUACGCGUUGAUUUUCCCGCUUCUCACAAUUUUGUUGAAGUUGUUUCUUCUGUUGCCAUGUGUAGACAACGCUUUGCAGAAAAUAAGGCGAGGACACGACAGGAAGAAUAGAAGGGUGAUCAACGUUCUUCCUGAAACUACUCAAAUCUCGGAGAAACGCAGAAUAUUUUUGAACAAGCAUUUUCUGAAAGCUUAG